GGUGGUGUGGUUGUUGUGUGGUUGUUGGUGGUGUAGUUGUUGGUGGUGGUGGAUAGGGGAUGAGACCAGGACGCAGUGUGUGUGUGGCUGCUACCCCACGUGCUUGGGCCGUGCACGUAGCCUGGCACCAGCGCCGCGGUUGACGUCACCGCCACUUUCUGGCGAACGGCGAUUGUUGUUGUUGUUGUGGUUGUUGUAGUUAAACAUCGCCACGGUAGGGAGACAAAGGCGGCCGUGACGUAGUUGCUGGCCGCCCCACCAAAGGCUAUAGGGGAUAGGUGGAUCAGUCGCUGUUUGUGGGUCUAUACAACGACCGGCACGAACCCUUCACUGAUCCUAUUUAAAUCCUAUUUAAAUCUCGGCUUGGUCCUAUUGGCUGUCUUGGGUUCGCUAAGCUGGGGGACAGCAGGGGGGGGUCCAUUGUUUGCCGUCGCCUCGUUCGCGAGAAGCGGAUGGGUUGAUGCCUGUGAUGGUGGUGGUUGUUGUUGGUGGUUGUGGUUGUGGCAAGACACGUGGUGGUUGUUGUUGGUGGUGGUGAAGGAGAUUUGAUCUCGUGCCGUGCUCAAUAAUCUCCGCACGCUGAGCUGCCAUGCAAGACCAGCGGCUCAUCUCGCCUGGACCCUACAGGGCGACCAAGCUGUGGGGCGAGGUGACGCGUCUCUUCCGAGCGGGGAUGCCCGUGCGCCGCCACCGCCUGCACCUGCGCUCGCACGACCGCUGCUUCACGGCCGCCUGAGGCGGCCGACUGGCUGCACGCGCUCCUGCGCGACAACCGGAACUUCGGCCCCACGGUGACGCGCGAGCAGACCCUGCAGCUGCUCGGGAAGUUCCUCAAGAACCACGUCAUGGAGGACGUGAAGGGCCGCUGGGGCACGGAGGCAGUGCGCGACGACUCUAAGCUCUACAGGUUCCCGUUGGCCUCUCCCGCCAAGUCGAUGUCCGGCGGCUCCCGGCAGCCGCUCUCCGAGAGGAACUCGGGCUCCGCGGCCAGGAGGCGCCUCGGCCUCAAGGCCGACGCUCCGCCGUCGCUGUGGUCGGGGUCGGCCUCACCGGCUUGUGCCAAGGCGACCUUUAACCCCGACGAGUGGCGCAACGUCGCGCUUGCGCUGUUGUGCGAGGCGCUGUCUCUGCCGUCGCUCGCCGGGCUCUUGGACCCCGCGAGCGUCGACCCCACGCACAUCGUGCGCAACGUGCAGGGCGCGGGGAGACGCGGCCUCGUCACCCUGCAGGACGACACCGAUGACCUGCCGCACUGGGUCCUCACCGCCAUGAAGUGCCUGGCCAACUGGCCGGGCAGCGAGGCGGGUCGCUCGGAAUCGUAUCCGGGCUUCGAGAGGGAUGUGUUCGGCUCCGUGUCGCAGCACUUCUGCUCGCUCGCCGAUCCGCUCCUCACUUUCCCGCUCUACCGCCUCUUCGUCGGCGUGCUCGUCCUCACGGGCUACGUCCUGGAGGAGGAGCCACCGCCCGCGCACCGGGAACGCCGGCCUACCGAGCCGCUGGCGCGGCGGGACCAACGCUGGGCCCCGCCACCCCCGCCCCCCCUCCGGCGGACCCCCACCCCGACCCUCGCCCCCGCUCACCUGCCCUGGGCCUCGGCCGAGAACCUCCUGCUGAGCUUCACGUCCAGCGAGUGACGCCGUGCCGGCCGCGCCGUUCCGUCGCGCCGCCCCCGUGCGGGUCAAGCGGCACGACAGCGUCACGCGGGCGGCGGCGGGCGACCCCCCACGUCUCGUGCGCCCCGCCCCCCGACCCGCGCCGCUCCCCCUCCACCGCGGGCGCAGC